CUGGGAAAGGAGAAAACCCCGGGCCUAGCCUCAGACGACUGCUGUUUCUCACCUUUAAACCUCAGCGUCUUCCAUCAUCAGUUUGACCAUCAUGGACGCCACAGCUGCACUGACGCUCCUCGCUCUUGUAUUGGCUGCGGCCGGUGUCAAUCACGCAGUCCAGGAGCAGGGUGCGGAGACCAAUGAUAUCCUGCCUGACAGCAUGGAGGAGAGCAUGGCCGAUCGCUUGCUGGGGAUGCUAAAUGAUGACAGGGUUGACGAUCGUAUGCUGAUGUCAGCAUUGACGUCUCUGCUGCUGGGAUCCCAAAGGGACACCAGGAACUCUGUCCUCCACCAGCCCCAGAGGUUUGGCCGUGGCUCCAGGGGCCAGCUAGUGUCCGAGGAGAGGAUACAGUCUCGUGACUGGCAGGGCGCCCCUUCUCAGAUCUGGAGUAUGGCCGUGCCACAGAGGUUUGGCAAGAAAUAGUCCCUCCCAUCAGCAGCACACCACUGUGGAGAAAAUACCAAAAUAUGAAUCCAUAAACCAUAAGUUAUGCAUUUUCGUUUGUUAGGAUUGUGUUGUAUUGUAUGCUGCUGCUGUCUUGGCCAGGUGUCUCUUGUAAAAUAUAUGUUUUAUCCAUUGAGACCAACCUGGAUAAUAAAGGUUAUAAAACCACAGAAAAACAAUAGUUGACCUAAUUUUUAACAUCAGUACUGUUUUCCUUCGCCCCUUUUAUUUCAAUUGCAUUAUGACAUGCUGUUCGGUUUUGUGGAUGAAUCAAACAACCACUUUCAUCUCUGGAUUCAAAUCUUGAGCGGAGCAUGCUUUUAAGGUUUUGUGAAAGAAACUUAUGGGCUCUGUUUCCUUGUUCAAUAAAACGCUUAUAACUGGAAA